AGUACGUGAUCGCAAACUUAAAACACUCGGAUUUGCUAACACAUUUUGAAAGACUGUGAAGUCGUGCACAGGCAACAGAAAGUUACUCGCUGAACUUAGCUGUUCGGAUGGCAUGUUAUUUAUUGGCUUCAGAGAGGUAACGAAAACAAAAAGACCCUUGCUAUUUAAAAGAAAGCAUAAUUUGAAGGUGUCACCGUCUGCAGUCGAUCAUUUGAAACUGGUUGAAACAAAUGCAGUCUUCAUCAUUUAAAAUUAAAUAGAUUUUACUCGGACUGCAAGAGUGAGCAAUCUUCAAGAUAGGAGGAAGAAAUUUUAUUAAACAGCUUGCCGGAUAAUCAGCGCUGACUGACGGUUGAACACAUCACAUCAACCGCCACCAACGCCAAAAGCACGACUCUCCACGGAGCUUUUCAUAACUCAAGAUGUCCCAAGCAUACUCACUCAAACUGGUUAUUCCUCUCAGUAUUUUAUCAGUGAGCGUUAUAGUAACCAACACACUUGUCUGCCUGUUGGUGUACAAGGUCAAAUCAAUGCGCAACUACACCAAUGGAUUUGUAGUAUCGCUCGCCAUUUCUGAUAUUGUGACAGGUGUUGCUAUCCUCAUCCAAUAUAACGCCAAGCUCCACGAAUGGUCUCGAGCAACACUUAACGUCUUGUACGCUAUUGUGCUUUUCGUGGGGGCAUCAAAUCUCUGCGCAGUGACUUAUGACAGAUACUUGGCAAUUUUGCACCCAUUUUCAUACGCUGAAAUGAUAGCGAAAGUUUUCAAAAUCGUCGUGCCAGUAAUUUGGAUCUUCUCGGUGGUGGUCGCAUGUAUACCGCUUACAUGGGAAGGAAAUACGACAAUUCUCCACACAAGAAUUUACAUCGUCUUCUUUCUCAUCAUUUGUAUAGCUCUACCUUACGUGCUAAUAGUCUGUGCAAAUUACAAGAUCUUUCGAUUAGUGAGGCAAUGUGUGCGUCGUGAGCGAGAACUGAGCAUCUCCUCGCAUGCUUCGAAAGCGGAUACGAAAAAAAAAUGUACGCCAAGGAAGAUUUCCUCUGAAGCUAAAGUGGCGAGGGUCUUCGCUGUAGCAUCAUUUAUGUUUGUGUUGAGUUAUUUUCCAAGUUUAUUUUGGUCGGCAGCGAACGCCGUGGGCCAUAAAGAAGUGGUUCCUACGCUUUUACUGGACUUCUCGCCUUUCUGUGUGGUUUUUGGAUCUCUUGUAAAUCCUGUUUUGUACUCGUUCAUGAAACCGGAUUUUCGUAGAGCCCUGGAGAAAAUUCUUAGUGGAAAACGAGCCUAUCUGAACGCGAGAAGAUCUCAGAGGUCAUCAAUGCCAAGCAUUGGAGAAACAUACUCUACGCCAAUUGUUCCAAUGAAGACAAAGCAAACUCUAGUAGUCAAUGGUGUGUUGUGCAAAGGGAGCGAUCCUACCGAGAGCAACGUCUAACAUAACCGACUCGAAGAAUGAUGAAGACGGCAAUGAUCGUAAUUAAUACCCGAAAAAUCGUGGAAGUAAGAAUAAUAUAAUAACAGUUUUCUGGGAACUAACAGAUUUUUUCAUGAAAAGACAAAAUCGAAAAUAUAAAGUCUAUCAUAUCUUCCUUUUUGUUCUGUCUGUUAAAUCAGACGGUGUUUACGGACAUCGGAUUACAUGGAAAUCACAAUUAGCUCAUGUAUGGCCGGAGAAAAAAACUUCGACGUCUUGUCAGUUCUUUUAAAGCGCCAUGACAAAGAUAGUGAUAGUGAUUAGGAUGCUUUCGUUUAAACAUGUACUAUUUUCAUCAUUAGUAUUUCCAUUAUUAUAAUUAUCUCCAUUAUCAUUAUUAUUUUCAUUAUUAUCAUGGAUACUGCCAUCAUUACUAUGAUGUCAUUGCUGCUUUUUUAGAAGUAUCAGUGAUUUAUAUGCAAAAACCGUUUAAGUUAUCAGAAAAAGCAGAAGUAUACUGCUGUUGUCCGAG